AUGUACAACGGAAUCGGGCUGACGACCCCGCGGGGGUCGGGCACCAACGGCUACAUCCAGACCAACAAGUUCUUCGUCAAGCCGAAGGCCGUCCCCGCCAGGGCUGACGCCUCCUAUGACGGCGCCGGCGCUCUCCCGGAGGGCGCCGUCCGGAAGCCCAACAAGGACAUCCUCGAGCACGACCGCAAGCGCCAGAUCCAGCUCCGCCUCCUCGUCCUCCAGGAAACCCUAGCCGAUCAGGGCUACACGGAGGACGAGAUCGCCGAGAAGCUCCAGGAAACGCAGAAGAACCUGGAGGCUGAAGCGGCCGCCGCCGCCGCUGAUGUACGUAGCGGUGCUCCUCCUCUCCCCGGCAAGAGGUUUUGA